CGUCUGCUGUUUGGCGUUGACGUUUCUGUCUCGCCUAAUUAGUAAAUAAUUGUAAUUUAGAAAAAUGGCAGAACUAUUAUUGGAUUCAAAUAUUCGAUUCUGGGUAUUUUUACCCAUCAUUAUGAUAACCUUUCUAGUGGGCAUCCUUCGUCACUACUUCUCUCUAAUUAUAGCCAGUCAAAAGAAAGUUGAAUUACUCCAGGUUCAAGAUAGCCAGGCGCUGGUUCGCUCUAGGCUGCUGCGUGAAAAUGGAAAAUUUUUGCCAAGGCAAGCUUUCUUAAUGCGAAGACAUUUCUUCAACAGCGAAGAUAUGGGCUACUUUAAAACACAGAAACGAGCUGCCCCCACAACCAAUCCCAUGACAGAUCCAAAUGCUAUGACAGAUAUGCUGAAGGGAAAUGUCACAAAUGUUCUCCCUAUGAUUAUUAUUGGAGGGUGGAUCAAUUGGGCCUUUUCAGGAUUUGUUACAACAAAGGUGCCAUUCCCUCUAACAUUGAGAUUCAAACCAAUGUUGCAAAGAGGUGUUGAACUUGUAUCGUUGGAUGCUUCAUGGGUCUCAUCAGCUUCAUGGUAUUUCUUGAAUGUUUUCGGAUUACGCAGUAUAUACUCUCUAGUCCUUGGAGAAAACAAUGCUGCCGAUCAGACCAAAGCCAUGGCUGACCAGAUGUCUGGCGCAGCCAUGGCCAUGCCGCAGGACCCCAAAGCAGCCUUCAAGGCAGAAUGGGAAUCGCUGGAGAUUGUCCAGCACCAGUGGGCCCUGAGGAAUGUGGAAGCAGAAUUACUUGGCACUACCUCUCAUAGCAAAACAGAUUAGAUGAAUUAUUAUUCUAUUGGUUUUCUGUAUUACAUUUGUCUGUAAACGUAGAAUAAAUACCUUGAAUUCUA